AUGUCCAAGAAGAAAGCCGAGGCAAAAUCAGGUAAAGAUCUGUCAGAGCUUGCUGAUUCACUAAUAGAAGUAGAGGACUUAGAAGAUGUUUCUAAUUCAGAUCUCUGCAAACUUCAAACAUUUCUUCCUCAACAAAUUCCUUUAUUAAUUCGCAGCUCAAAAUACGUUAUCGCAAGGAAUUACUCAAGAUUGCUUGAUAGGGUUAAAGAAGAAUUAACAGUUAGAACAGCGUAUAUCGUUCCAGCAAAGAAAGAAGAAUUUACUCAUCCAGAAUUAGAAAAAUAUGAUGAAGAAACAGAUGCAAAGAUUCGCAUUAUAGAAGAAAGAGCCAUUAAAUUAGAUCAAGAAGUUGUUAACGUUUGGGAAACUCAGUUAAAACAAAAAUAUUUUAUACCUUCUCCUGCAAUUGCAGAAAUGAGAGAUAGGGCGAAGCGAAUGGAAGAUAGAGGAGAUAUCGAUGGAGCCAAAAAACUUAAAAGACAAGCAGAUGAACUCGAAAAAAUGGAUAAUAACAACAUGGAAACUUCAUACGCAGAAGAUUUACACAAUGCACGUAUGGAAUCUAAGCGAAAAUGCAAUCAAGAAAUACUAAAAUUAAUAAAUUCGAGGCAAGCAGCCAGAGAUGAGCUAGAAAGCUCUUUGAAGGCCAAGCAAACAAAGAAAAAGAAACAUUCCGCAAAGAAAACAUUCAGAGAUAUUUGA